AUGGACGGACCGAGGGGUCCCGCGCCUGGGCGUGGGCGGACGGCGCCGCACGGAUGGGCAGGCGAUUCCGGGUCCGGGCAGGGCUCCGGCCCCGACGGCUCUUGGAGUUGCGGCUGGGGAUGGGCCUCGGGCCCCGGAGGUGGCUGGAGCUACAGCCACGGCUCCGCGCAGGGCCCCCGCGGCGCUGCAGACGGCGCCGCGUACGGGUUCGGCUACGGCGGCGGCGAUGGCGGUGGAGGAGGAAGCGGGCGUGGGGGGUUCGGGUUCAGCUUCGACGGCCCCGGCGGCGAGGGCGGCUUCAGCUGGGGUGCCGGUGGCGGGGCGUUUGGGACCGGAGGUGAUCACACGGGUCACGGCGGCCGGAGAGCGCGCGGUGGGUUCGGCGGCGGCGGGAGGCAGCUGCGACCACCGCCGCAGUGUGUUUCUUACUACUAA